AAAGUAUUUUUGGCCCUGAUAUUAUCAUGUGACCAGAGGUUGCAAUUUCAUGGUUUGUCUACAUUGCAGAAUUUGCUUCAAAGCUUGCUGGAUGCUUGGUAUUGUUGGUCUUCAUGUUCCCCUUUUGUCAUCCAUUAUAAAUGUUCCUCUUUGUGUUGAGUUUGUCAGGUUCAUUUUGUCCAUGUCGGGUUAGAGUGGUGUAGCCUGAUUUACGUUCUAUUUGACUUUUCUUAUUGGCCUGGAAUUUUAUUACAUGUUUUCUUUUAAUUUGGUGGAUUGUCUAAAACCUAAAUAACUUUGACCCUAGAUUCUCAUCCUGCUUGUAGUUAUCUCACUAACAUAAAUGGUAUAGGGCUUUUUUAAAAUCAAAAUCCAACUAAUACUUAUAUUAAUCCAGACUGUUUCCCCAAAUGUAUUUCAGUAUGUAAUUUGUACUUGAAAUAAAUCAUAGCAUGAAAAUAAAUCAAACAAAUAAACACUUUCAGUUGUAUAAAAGCUCUUGGAUUGUAAACCUGAUCGCUGUACUACAACUACUGUCCUCCAGAGGGCGACAAAAACCACACAGCUUUGACACAAAACAGACAACACAUUAACACGCUAAAGGAUAUACAAACAUAAACAUUAGUUAAUGAUCGCCCGUGUUACAGAAUAAAAAAACAUUAACAUCCAGACAUUCAGCAUUCUGCCCAAUAGCCUACAGUACUACGCCCCCCUUGCCCCCUCUGACCCCCCUUAAUAUCCCCGUCAAAUGAAACGUGAGAACCGCCAACUCAGCAGCGUGUGUGAAACUUCCUCCCCGCCGACCGGGAGCUGCCAGCACCCGGCUGCUGAACCAGCAACAUGGCCAAAGUGACCGGCGGCGCCUCCGGUUGUCGAGCCAUGGUAAAGGCGGGAAGGUACCUGUCCACCCCGUCUGUGACCCGGUGCCCCGGCGGUCAGCGGCGGCGGGAGAAGUUCGGUCCGCAGCCGCGGACCAUGAGCGCUGUCGCCGCCGGGACGGGAGGAAACGGCGUGGCUUUGGCCCAGCACGAGCGGCCGGGAAGUCUCUCCGACCGACACGCGCCGACCAACGGGAAUCUCAUUUACCGGGACGUGAAGGCGUUCCUCAACGAAGUCGGCGGGAACCCCCGGGAGGCCCGGUACUGGCUGACCCAGUUCCAGAGGGCGACUUCGGCUCAGUCUACUGCCUUUGCCGUACUGGAGGUGGACAGCUCAGUGUUCAGCAGCAGGGAGAUGGUGCACAGCCUGGCCUUCGGGCUCUCCUUCCUGCAGCGCAUGGACAUGAAGCCCGUGGUGGUGAUGGGCCGGGCCGCGUGCGAGGAGAUGGGGCCGUCCGAGCCGCUGGCCGGGUCUCCGUGCGAGCGAGGGCUGGUGGAGCGCAGCCAGCAGCUGACGGAGGCUCUGCAGCAGCACUCGGCCUCCGUCCUGCCGCUGUUCUCCGCGGAGUCCUUCCUCCUUCUCCACGAAGCCUCGCGCGGGAGCAGCGCUCCGCCCUCGGUCGCCGUGGACACCCGCCUCCUGCAGUGGAGCCUGAACUGCGGGAUGAUCCCAGUAGUGUGCCCGGUGGGGAGGGACGGGCGGGGGUGCUCGCUGGCUUUGGACCAGACCGAGGUGACGGCCGCUCUCGCCCGCGCCCUGCAGCCCCACAAAGUCAUGUUCCUGAACAAGUCUGGAGGUCUUCGCAGCCGAGAAAACAAGGUGCUGGACAUAGUGUCGUUGCCUAGCGACCUGCCUGGUCUGUCCACGGCGGCGUGGCUGAGCGCCGCGGAGCGCCGCAGGGUGACGGCCAUAGCCAGGCUGCUCAAUCAGCUGCUGACCGAGUCGUCCGCCGUGAUCACCUCCGCCGACACGCUUCUGACCGAGCUGUUCAGCCACAGAGGAUCGGGAACACUCUUUAAAAACGGAGACCCCAUACAUCGGUACAGCUCCCUGGAUGGCGUCGAUGCAGACCGUCUGUUGGCCCUCGUCAACGUGUCUUUUGACAAAACUCUGAGGCGAGACUACAUCGACUCCCUGAAGGGACGACUGCACUCCAUCUAUCUCUCCGAAGGCUACAGCGCGGCGGCCAUCGUCACCAUGGAGCCGGUGAACAGCGGCACGCCCUACCUCGAUAAGUUUGUGGUGAGCAGCAGCAAGCAGGGUCAGGGCACCAGCCAUGUCCUAUGGGAAUGCAUCAGACAGGACCUGGGCAAACUGUUUUGGAGGUCUAGAGCCACCAACAGGAUCAACCCCUGGUAUUUCAAACACUGUGAUGGCAGCUUCGUUAACGGGUCGUGGACAGUCUUCUGGUUCGGUCUGACCGACAUCAGAGAUUCCUACGAGCUGGUGGAGUACGCCAAGAAUCUCCCCGACUCCUUCCACGUCUCCUCCCUCACCGCCUCCGGCGGGUCCUGAAGCACCUCCACCCAGCUACUGCUUGUGGGGCUCAUUAACUCUCCCAUGGAUCAAUAGUGUUUCCUAAUCUUUUGCGCUAAAUUUUUACUUUUCAGAAUCUGUUUCUAGUUUGGAUUUAUCUUUUUUCCUGUUGUUUUCCUUUUUAAUUACUUAGUUAAUUAGGUUCCAUCCUUCUGGAUUGUGGAGCUUUGAAUAAUCCUCCAUUCUGAGGACUUGGGUUAGCUCUAAAGUUUAGUGUUUUUUUUGCCAAGAAACGGCUUCUUCUACUUCAUUUUAAUAACAUUUUAGUAUUAUCAUUUAUUUAUCAGUUCUGUCCACAGUGGAGGAAUCUCAAAACGUACGUAUUUACCAAAGACUGUGGCAUUACAAAGUAUUCCUCACAUUUGGAAACACAAACGGGGUGUUGUUUAAGGAGGACUGUGUGUUAAUGGUGAUAUGUUUGCAUCGGAGACUUGAAUACACAUAUCAAUCUUACAGCUCAUUUUGUAUAUUGAUAGCUGACAAGUUGGGGCCCAUAUAAGAAAGGUGGUAAUGUUACAUGUGGUAAAGAUCUGAUUUUACGGCCCAAAAAGUGUGGCUACAUUAUUCUCUAGUACAGUGGUCCCCAAAGUUUUUUACCUCACAGACCGUUUUCAUGUCAGACAAUAUUUCGCGGACCGGUCGAGAAGGUCCAGCAGAAUAACGGGGGGGGUAGUAGCCGCGCGCUCUCUGUUCGCUGGUGGGCGAAACUGCCGUGCACGGUAAGAGGACAAUUGUAAACGUGAAGAAAAACGUCUGGUGACGCGUGGGGAACAUGUCAGAGGUACGAGCGCACAAUUUUCAAAAUAAAAAAAAUAUGUAUA